CUGACAUUUCUGGGCUCCGCGGGCCCGAGCGAAGAAUUUUUUUCCCGCCAUGGACAUGGACGUUCCCCUUCCGGAAGAACUCGAAUGGCUCGAAUCGAACGCUCUGAUCGAAGAAGAACAAGAAGAAGAAGAUUACUACUAUCCGGAGGAGGAAGAAGGAGUUCAAGAACAGCUGCAGCAACAACAACAGCAACGACAAGUUCUUGAACCUCCUCGUACAACUCAACCUAGUUCAUCCACCUCCAUUUCACAUAUUAAAUCAACCUCUGUAGCAGAUCUAUCCUUGUCUCCUAAAAACGGCAAGAAGAGGCCGCUGUCGGACAAGUGCCUCUCUGAUGUGUUAUCUUCCAGAAAUGAAUCAUCCGAUGGAAAGCGGAACAGAGUGGAUCCUCCUCCUGAUAUUGAAAUUGAUGAAGACUGGCUUCGGAAUUCGCCGCCAAAGGAGAACACGGACCCCGCACCACCAGUCGUUGAGGAGGAAAAGUUUAUUUCUCGGUUUGCAUCGGAGAUAGAAGGAGCUUAUAUGCCGAUAACUGGACCUUCUGGUGAUAGGGUUUAUGCGAAGAUGAGCUGGGUUGGGGUGAAUAACGAUUCUAAGAAACUAAGGGUACAAGGAUACGCAAAUGAUCUUAUCUCAAAGCCUAUCAAUAUUCUAAUGGAAAAUGUGGAACAAGAGGCUUUGACAAAGGCUUUGCAAACAAGCGCAGAAUCUCCCAAUGAUUUGAUUCUUCCUGAAGUACCAGUGGUUACUGAACAACUUUGGGUGGAUAAAUAUGCACCAAAUUCGUUUACUGAGCUUCUUAGUGUUGAACAGACAAACCGUGAGGUCUUACUAUGGCUGAAACAAUGGGAUUCUUGUGUAUUUGGAUCUGAAAUUAGGAAUACCACGGAUGAUGUACUGUCUGCAUUGAGACGACAUUCUGUGCGCUCUCAAAAUCAAAAGUCAUCUGAGAUGAGUUCUUUUGGAAAGAAGAAAGGAUUCCCAUUGAGUUAUCAAACUUUAAGGCAGUCAAAUGACGCGUUUAAAGAAAAUGACAAAUUAAAAAACAUUCAGGAAUUAUGGAACAAGAAAUCAAGAACUACUAGUCCACUAGAGCAGAAGGUUCUUUUACUCUGUGGACCCCCAGGGCUUGGGAAGACAACACUUGCGCAUGUAGCUGCUAGACACUGUGGCUACCGUGUAGUAGAGAUCAAUGCUAGUGAUGAUCGGUCAUCAUCAACAAUUGAAGCCAAAAUUCUCGAUGUUGUGCAGAUGAACUCUGUCAUGGCUGACUCAAAACCUAAGUGUUUGGUAAUUGAUGAAAUAGAUGGAGCUCUUGGUGAUGGUAAAGGUGCAGUGGAGGUUAUACUAAAGAUGGUUGCAGCUGAAAAGAAAUAUGAAGUUGGAAAAGGCAAUCUUCCUCAAGAGGACAAGCCUGGAAAGAUUUCCUCCAAAAAAGGACGUAAAAUGACAUCACUGUCAAGACCUGUGAUUUGCAUUUGUAAUGACCUAUUUGCACCUGCCUUGAGGCCACUGCGCCAGGUAGCAAAGGUGCACAUGUUUGUUCAACCAACAGUUAGUCGUGUUGUGAACAGGCUUAAAUAUAUUUGUAACAAGGAAGGAUUCAGGGCAAGCUCAAUUGCAUUAACUGCACUUGCUGAGUAUACUGAUUGUGACAUUCGUUCAUGCCUGAACACACUUCAAUUUCUCAACAGGAAAAAAGAAACUCUCAAUGUGUUGGAGCUUGGUUCUCAAGUGGUUGGUCGAAAGGACAUGACAAGAAGUGUUUUUGAUGUUUGGAGAGGGGUUUUUCAAAAAAGGAAAGUGAAACAUGAAAGAAAAUCUGUGAACGGCUGCAUCAAUACCUCCAGUGAUUUUGACUCUUUGCACUCCCUCAUUUCUAACUGUGGCGAUUAUGAUUUGACAAUGGGUGGGAUUCAUGAAAACAUUUUGCAGCUCCGUUAUCAUGAUCCAAGGAUGCAAAAGACUGUCAAAUGCUUAGAUGUUCUUGGUGUUUCUGAUUUCAUACAUAAGUAUAUCAUGCGGACUCAGCAGAUGUCACUUUAUGUUUAUCAACCUAUUGUUGCAAUAGCUAUUCAUAACCUAAUAGCCCAGGUCGAGAAACCAAAUAUUGAGUGGCCAAAAUCUUUUCACAGAUACCGAACAAUGUUCAUGGAAAAGAAGGAUAUUUUAAAGUCUUGGAACAACAAAAUCUCGCCAUCUAUUUCAAGACAUCUAUCAACGGAGUGUUUUGUCGAAGACGCCGUUUCUCCAUUGUUACAUAUUCUAUCACCUCCAACCCUGAGGCCGGUGGCAUUGCACUUGCUUUCAGAGAGAGAGAAGGAUGAUGUGGCUCAGCUAGUUGAUACAAUGGUCUCGUACUCUAUAACAUAUAAGAACAUGAAAACUGAGCCUCUGCCCAGUACUCCAAGACUUGAAGGAGCUUUAGACACCUUGGCACUUUCUUUUGAACCCCCCAUCAAAGGCUUUAUAAACUUUAAGGACUAUCAAUGUGGACACUCUGGACUCUCUUCAGCUAUGAAGCAAAUCUUGGUGCAUGAGGUAGAAAAGCAAAAGAUUCUGCGAGAAAGCAUUGGUGGACCUAGACACUCAUAUGAGGGAGGCAAUAAGGAAGACCAAGCUUUGCCCAGGGGAGAGAGUCAUGAAGCAUUGUCUACCAAGACUUAUGGAGUGGCUUCAUUUGAGAAGAUGGAAAAUGGAAAGGACAAGUCGAAAUACAUGCUAUUGAAAACCAGUACCUUCACAAAUUCAUCAACGUCAGGCCUCAACAGAAAUGCCACAACAAGCACAAAGGAGACAGCCUCCACUGCUUCAAAGAUUCGUACUUCUAGUUCCUCUAGUUUCUUUGACAGGUUUAGGAAAUCUGGAAGCAAGGAUUCACAAAAUUCUGGGAAUGCUUUGCCAAAUCCAGAGACAUUAGAGAGAGAUUCACGUCCUUUGUUAUUUAAAUUCAAUGAGGGUUUUACAAAUGCAAUAAAAAGGCCGGUCAGAAUACGUGAAUUACUGCUAUGAUAAGGUAAACUUUUGUAAGAAAAUAAACCAAGAGUCGCUAUUUCUUCUUGUUCUUGAAUUUGUGGCAUGAGUUUUCUUUUCCUCAGUUUUGUUGACCGUUUAAUUGUUCACUUUAGGCUUCAGUU